AUGAAGAGUAACAGCCUCGCCCUCUACGCCCUCACCCUAACCCUCACCCUAACAGCUCCAGCCUCCGUCGCCGCCGACCCAACCAUCGGCAAACGCGAAUACGACAGAAUCUGCCCACCAGGCAGUCUCCCCACCGAGCACGAAGUCUCGCCGGGGUACAAAGCAACCUACUACUGCGACACGCUGCCGCCGCUGCAGGGCAAGUCGCAGUGGAACCUGCCGUCGAUCGACGCCUGCGCCCUGGCCUGCAACACGCCCGAGUGCCGCGGCGCGUCCUGGGAAAAGCGCAACGGCAUCUGCUGGCUCUAUACCCGCGAUCCUGCCGAGGGGGGCGGGUACGUGUGGAUCACGGCGGACAGGGCGUUUUCGGGCCCAGGCCCAAGCCCGGGGGUGCCGAGUUCGUGUCCCGCGGAUUUGGCGGCUUGUCAGGCGGGAAGGGAGCAGUGUUUGCUUGACAAGGGCGCUCUGGACGCGCGGUACAGAGCGUGUGAGGCGGCGCGUCUGGACUGCGAGGGGAAGCUUGCGGUGUGUAGUGCUGGGGGCGGGAGUCUGGCGGCGUGCGAGAAGGAACGGGGCGACUGUCUUGGGCGGGAAGGGCUGUGCAAUGCGCAGCUCAAGACGUGCCGGGACUCGUUAUCGGCGCAGGACUGCAGUGCGUGUUUGAGGGAGCUGGAUAGCUGGAGUAGUCCUGGGGCGCCGGGGACUUGCCUCAACGGGAUGUGGAAGACUGAAUCGCUGAACGGGAAGAAGAUUGUUACGCUGUGCGGCUAUACUACGAACGCAAAGCUGGCCCAGCACCCGGCCACUCUUGCGCAGUGCGUGGACCGGUGUGCGUUGGAUCCGGCUUGCAAGGCUGUGAACUACGACAGGCAGUGGCAGGCGUGCUACACUGCGUCUGUGAUUGGCAGCGAUGGGAUCAAGCCGAAUCCGAACAGCGAUGUGGUGUUGCUGGUGGGUUGA